UGAUAAAUCAGUUGCUUGCUCGUUGGAUAUAGAAGAUAGUUCUGCUCUUCACAUAGCAGCUAAAAAAGGCUACAUUAAUAUAAUGGAAGAGAUCACCAAACAAUGUCCAUGUGUUUAUAAUUUGGUUGACAAAAAUGGCUGGACCAUUCUUCAUGUUGCAGCCCAAUGUGGGGAGUCUAAAGUGGUGAAGUAUAUUCUAGACGUUCAAGGCUGGGAAAGCCUAAUAAAUGAGAUAGAUAAUGAAGGCAACACGGCUUUGCAUCUAGCUGCUAUCUACGGUCAUUACGACAGCGUCUUGAUUUUGGCUAGAGAUGGUAGAGUGGAUAAGAGGGCAACAAACAAGAAAUAUUUGAAGGCUAUCGACAUUGUCCAAACAAAUAUGGAUUUGGGAGAAAUUAAAAAGUAUUGUAUCAUGAGGAAGUUGGAGAAUAGCGGUGCUCAACAAAGUCUCGAGCGACUGAUCGUUGGAGUAAACACAGACCAAAAAAUCAAUGACAAUGAAGGGCUGAAAGAAGGCAUAAAUGAGUUAGAGCUUAGAGAAGACAGAGAGAGAAUAUCACUUGAUGCAAGUGAAUCGCUUCGUGACAGGAAUAAUGAAGUUGUAAAGAAGAAAGAGAUCACAUCUAAGUAUUUGAAGGAUGUAUCGAACACUCAUCUACUGGUGGCAACCCUCAUAGCAACAGUAACUUUUGCAGCCUGUUUCUCUCUACCUGGUGGGUACAAUCAAGAUGACCCUAACAAGGGUAAGUCAGUUUUAUCAACAAGGGCAUUUUUCAAAGCCUUUGUGAUAACAGAUGCUAUAGCUUUCUAUUGCUCAACUGCAGCUGUGAUUCUCCACUUUUUUGCUUCACUGGAACAAAGCUACCAUUUGUGUCAACGUUUCAUAAAAUUUGCCGCACUACUCACUUACAUCUCUCUCCUGGGAAUGGCGAUAGCAUUUACUUCAGGCAUUUUUGUGGUGCUACCUUAUUCCUCCCCGAUUGCAAUAACUUCAAUUGUGCUUGGGUGUUUAUUCUUGUGUUUUUGCACCUUUGGGAUUCUGUAGAACCAUAGAGUAGGAUGUGAUAUUGAUUGUAUGUUCUUAAUUUCUCAAUGAAUUUAUAGACAAUAUAUACAUUAUAAGUACUUAAUGUAUAAAUGGAAUAC